AUGCCGAUACCCCGCCGUCCCUCUCUCCUGUCUCCGGCUCACUAUGACAAUGACGCAUCUUCCCUCCGAUCGCCCUCUGAGCAGGACUCCGAUUCUGACGAUGACGAACUCCUUCGCCAACCGCGCAGUACCUUGGAGUUGUCCAAGCAUGAUCGGAGCGUUCUCGAGGCAGAGGAUGAACUGGAGAAGCUCCUGACCAGGAGCGGGCCUGCUCAUGGGCUACGUCGGAUCUUCAGUCCCAGUGGGACCAGCGUGCGCAUCGGCAAAAAGGAGCGGCGACGAGCACGUCGGGAAGCCCGCCUGUCACGUCGAGAACGGGUCAGCGAGGAAGGUGAGCUCAUGUAUGAGAUGGAAGAGGGGCUCGGAGACGAUGACACGUCCUCCCUCAUGAGCGGUUCUUCGGUAGACGACGAUGAUGAGAAAGAAGGCUUUCUCUACGAGCCGCCUUCCAAACCUUCUUGGCAAAGAUUCGUGCUGGUUGCUGCCUUCAUUGCCGUUUUGUUCCUCAUUCUGUUCCUUGGUGCAUAUAAAGCUUCCACGCCUUUCCGAGCUAUACAUCCCCAUGCACAGCGUCUUUUGUCCAACGGAACAUCACUGUUUGCGCCGACAACGAUCCUGAUCUCACUCGAUGGGUUUCGAGCCGAUUUCCUCGACCGUAAUCUGACGCCGGCGCUGAGUUCGCUCGUCGCCAGUGGCGUCUCUCCGCAGUAUAUGAAUCCAAGCUUCCCCAGCGUCACGUUCCCCAAUCAUUUCACCCUCGUGACCGGACUGUAUCCGGAGAGUCACGGGAUCGUCGGCAACACGUUCUGGGAUCCAGAGCUUGGCGAGGAAUUCUUCUACACCCAUCCUGCCGUUAGCAUGCAGCCCAAGUGGUGGAACGCGGAGCCCCUGUGGGAGACGGCAGAAAAACAGGGAAUCAAGACCGGCAUCCACAUGUGGCCCGGCUCGGAGGCUCACAUUGGUGAUGUUGAACCGUCGUAUGUGGACAAGUACAAUGGUUCCGAGGCCUUGCCGCGCAAGGUGAACCGCAUCCUCGAAAUGCUCGACCUCCCUGGCCCAGGGGACGAAUCGGACCUGACGCCGAAGCGUCCGCAAUUCAUCGCCGCAUACGUACCUGAUGUCGACAAGGACGGCCACAACUACGGACCGAAUAGCACCGAGAUACGAGAGACAAUCUCCCGCGCUGAUGAUCUCGUCGCUGGGGUGAUUGCGGGGCUGGAAAGCCGCAAUCUGACGAACCUGGUGAACAUCGUCGUGGUGUCCGAUCACGGCAUGGCAAGUACCUCUACCAAGCGUCUCAUUCAGCUGGAUGAUGAGAUAGACCUCCGGCUCGUGGAGCGCAUUGAUGGAUGGCCAUCACGGGGUCUGCGUCCCAAACAACCGGAGAAUUUCGAGCUUCUACAGAAGCAGCUAGAGAAGCUGGGUCAAAAAUACGCCGAUGCUGUUGAGGUGUACACUCGUGAGACUAUGCCUGAGCGAUAUCACUUCUCCAACAAUGAGCGCAUCGCACCUCUGUGGGUGAUUCCCCGUGCAGGCUGGGCCAUUGUGGAACGACCCGAAUUCGACGCGAAGAAAGCCCUUGAAACGGGUGAGGUCUAUCAUCCAAAGGGGAUUCAUGGGUAUGAUCAUGAGCAUCCACUUAUGCGAGCCAUUUUUAUUGCUCGAGGGCCUGCUUUCCCGCAUCAACCUAAUAGCCGCCUCGAGGCUUUCCAAAACAUCGAAGUAUAUAACAUCCUCUGUGAUUCCCUUGGGGUGAAUCCGUUGCCGAAUAAUGGGACUUUGCGUCUGCCUCUGAAACCAGUGGGCCUGCAUUCUGACCCGCCGAUGCCGUCGCAAGUGCAGUCAUCCGAUCCUCCGGCUUCGACAGAGCCAGCUCCUGCGCAGAAGGCUACAACCACUGCCCCAGAACCCACUCCGGCUGCUACCGAUGCGCCGGCCGCACCAGAUCCCGUCGGUGACGAAGAUAAAGACAAAGAUGAAGACGAGGACGGAGAUGAAGAUGAGGACGAAGACGAGGAUGAAGAUGAAGACGAAGAUGAAGACAAACAGAGAAGUUCGUCCUGGUGGCACAAGGUCACAGAAAAGCUUGAUGAUCUGAAAGAAUGGGCGGAGGAGCUGUUUGAUGCCGAAAUGGACAAUCAUCCGCAACAAGGAUAA